AAACAAAUCAAACGAGUCGACGCGACCAUAGUGAAAGGCAAAAUGGCGCGCAAUUUUAUUUUGUAAAUGUAAACAUUGUUCUUUUGCAAUGGCAGUAUUUUUAGACGAAAUUUUGCUUCAUAUUUUUGAAUAUCUCGAUGCAGCGUCUCUGACAAGGCUUUCCUCGGUCUGUAAACAAUGGAGAAACAUCGCUAAUACUCCUUCGCUGUGGCGAAGGCUCGUUUUGUUGCGAUGGCCUUCGCAGAAGUUUUUAUACGAAAAGGCGUCUUUAUCUCACAUCAACUGGAUGAAUACAUACCAGGAUUUGACUCUCAGGGGACAUUUCUCGCCCGAUGAAAUGAAAUACUUUAUUUGUUGUCGCGUAAGCGAUGAGUUGACCGAAAUUGAGUUACGUGAAAAUAUGUUUUUGCACAUGGCAGAAACGAUGAUGAAGUGGUCCGUACCGGAUAUAUUCGACCAAGAAGACGAAUUUAACACGCCAGGAUUUAACAAGAACUUUGAAUUGUUUUUUGACACACAUGAUUUAAAGUGGACUUUCAUCGACAAGAGAAGAGAAUACAUUGAUGACUUGUUCAGCUGUAAGAUGAAGACAACAACUCCUGCGAGAUUCAUUCGACCUUACCAAGUUAUCCCUAGCUGCUUAGUGAUGUUCCGAUGGCUUUGUCUCUUCCGCGCCUACGUGACUGAAGAAACUGGCUUGACUUAUUACCGUAUAUGGCGGUAUCGUCUCAAGCACAGAGCUACAGGGAUACAUUUUGAAGUGUACGAUUGGAAGGCCGCCAUGUCGUGUACCCUUUCCAAAGGGAGUCCAACAUCAGUAGCUUUUAGAGAAGAUGCGUUGGAACUUUUGACCAUUCUUACCCACCCUAACUUUCUUAUGCACCCCAUGGGUGUUAGCGUUGCUAAGGAGAUGCACAUCCCCAUUCCGAAACUUCUUGGAAGUAGAUGCAACUCUGCUGCAUCUUCACUUUCUAGCUGCAGUUUGACAAGCCCACGCUCACCAUUAAGAAAUAUUGGUAAUUUUGCAUUUGACAAGAGAGAUGUCAAAGGCAUACACAAAAUUGCCAGCAGCACCACUGACAGUGAUGAGGAAUCAGAUGGUGGGUUUGACACCGGGUACGUGGCAAACUGUGAAGAUUUUAUCAGCAGUAAGCAUUGGGAUGUUGAGGAGCAAAAUAAAAUCCAAGCUGAGGUAGCUGGCAUGUGGACGGUGGUAAACAAUAAUGAUGCCCCGCAUCUCUUUCUCACUUUUGUUGAAAACAACAGUUCAUGGAUUUUCCAUGACUGUAUACCCGACUUCUCUGAUUUGUGGCGGCAAGGGGUUGCGGCAUUUGGUGGGAACCAUGACACCCUUAGAGACCAUGGCUUUGGCAUAGAACCCAUUCCAAGUUGCCUGGCCUUAUAUCGUCUGGUGUGCCUUAUGAACAUUAAUGCACGUGUUUAUGCCAGUAUGGAGGAUUCAUCAAUUUGGGCUUUACACUUGAUCCACAACACUACUAGAGCAGUGUUGCAUCUCAAGGAUUUAAAUGGUAAGCAAAAUUUAGAAAGAUUUCAUGUAUAAUGUGUCAUCUUCCCUUUCAUUCUUUUUACCACUGAAAAAUAAUAAUAAUAAUAAUUUGUAAAGUUAUAGGUUCCACUUCAACUACAUAAUUUCAAAGAGAUGAACCAAAGUUAGGGUCCUGUGUAAUUUGGAAAUGACGUAUUUUUACCUACUCCCCUUACGUUUAGACACAAUCUAUUCUCUAGAUGUUCCAUCUUUUUCGAACACUUCAAAAUUAUGUUAAGUGCAAUUUGUGCACUAAUGAGACAUUAUAAAAAAUGCAAAUAUAAGCCCCUAAUUUCCUGUUAAAAUGUUGUUCACCCAUGCAUUGUAUUAAUAUUACAGUUCUAGAAUGAACAACUCACGCUCAUAAUUUGUAGCUGAAAAUUCUCUUUAUUGAUGAUGUUCAAAGAUGACUUUUAGGAAAAGUAUAUUUGUAAAGAUUUUUAUGGACAUAGUGUUAUUUUGCAAGGUGGAAAUUCCUAAUGCUUUUGAUUGCAUGAGAAUCUUUGUGUGCAUUUAAGCUUGAAGUUUGAUCUUUUGAAAAUCAUUUGAUCCUUUGAACCUUAAGUAUUCAAGUGAUUAGCUUAGCUCAGUUAACACAUUGGGCUCAGCCCUAAGGGAAUAAUUUUCAGGUGUAAUCUUUCUUCGCUCGAAAGUCAUAGGAUUUUGUGAGAUGGGUUCUAAAUAAAUAGUAAAAUAAUUGGAAACUAACCCAAAUCACUCUAUGCUGGGUGUUUCAAAAGGAAUGUUCCAAAAAACAGCUCUAGAUUUGAUGUGUUAUAUUAGCUUGUUAAUUACCUUUUCAGUUUAUGUGGUUAAGAUUCCAUAAGAUAAGAGUUUUGGCCCAUUUUUUCAACGGCUGUAUAAACAUUGAAUGAAUAAACUCAUGGUCUAAGGUUUUGGUAUACAUUUAUAUAAACCUUUGGCAUUUUAGCAAAGAUGAUAACAGGUUUAUAUGUGGUGACACCAAAGGUAAUUCUUAAAUCUGCACUAUUAUGUUGAUGGUAUUAAAAGGUCUAGAUCUGAUUAUCGCUUGACACAAAGAUAACAGAGUCUUUUUCUUAGUUUGAUACAUAAUUAACAGCCUUUCAGAUACUAAGAAAAUGUUGGGAAAGGAAAUGGCCUUUGGGCAAAAAUGUGUUCUGCUUUGUUCCCUCUGGUGUUGACACCUGGUUCCAAAAUAGAAAACAAAAUCUCUUAUUUGGAAUCAGAAGAAUGCAAUGCAAUAUUAAUUAGGAAAAAUGCAUAAGGGGUGUAAAUUUUUUGGCUCCCUGCCUUCCAAAAACAGGAAAUACAAUGAUAGAAGCUUUUGUUAAAUUAAGAUGAGAAGCCAUGUGUUCUUUUGUCUCCAGUAAUAUAGUUGUAACCUUAACAAAGUGAAUGUUUGUAUCUAUUGUUGGUAAUAGCCUACGUCAUGCUGUUGGGAGUUUUAGUUUACAGUUUUUUCAGUACCAUCAAAUUCUUAGCAGUGUUUUCUAAAAAGUAAAUCCUUUUUACAUUAGAACUUGUUUAUGAAAUACCUCUACUGUGGCCCAUGUGUAGCAGAUCCUGUUGUCUUGUAUGUGAUCUUUGUUAUUGCUUUUAGCUGUUUGUUUACAUAAUCAGUUAAGCACCUGAACCCCUUAAAAAGGCAAGCCUGGCUGUAAACCUUAAAUUUAUUCUUACUUCACUAGCAAGGCAUUGCAAGUAAAUUUUUUUAUACAAACAAAAAUAGUAAACCUACAGGCAAUAAGUAUUUUGCAGCUGUCUUUGAGGUUGGGGACUUGUUGAAAAACGGGUUGAAAAACCGUAAACUGCGGCCUAUAAGCCCUGGGCUUUUACAUCUUUGUAAGGGAUUUAGGAGGGUUUAUAAAUAAAGGGGCUUUUAAUAGAUUGUUCUUAUAACCGGAAUUGAGAAAGCGCUUCAAAACAAGCUACAGUCAUGCUGUUCUAAAUAUGUUGUGCAUUAAUUGAUUCUUAAAUAAACUGCAAAACUUUCUAAUAAGUUUAAUUCAUCUCAAAACAAGAGGGGGUAUAUUUGGAGUAUUUUUUGUUUUUACAGGUAGAUGGGUCUAUAACAGGGAGCGGUUAUAUUCAGCAGUUUAUGGUAUUCAAUCAAUGUACAGCUUUUUUGAGACAAAAUUCUUUUUUCAUCCAAAUUCUUGAGCACUAUUUUAUUUUGACUUGCAACUUGCCAAAACCCCUUACAUUUUGAAAGGUUUUAACAAUAAUUAUUCUUUUGAGCCCUGUCUUGUCCAGUGAGAAAUAUGUCUUUUCUUUUAGCUUUGUAACUUGCUGAUGUUAUUUUGCUCUGUAGAUGGUUAAGAUAAAAGCAAGAUCUUGCUAGCAUCAGUUUAAAUAUUCUUAACCUAGAGUAUUAAUUCAUGCUGGAAUUUUUUGAGCUAACCUUUUGGCAUGUUAAAUUGGCAUUAGAAUAUUAAGUCACCUAACUGACUUUAAUUUAUAAACAGGUUUAAAAAACAAACCGAAGUCUGGUUAAACACUUUGUCAGUUAUUUUUUUGUGUUGGUCAAUAUCAAAAGCCUUUGCUGCCCUCCUUUGGGUGUCAUGCUGGACGUUUGCAUCAUUAGGUGUAAAUGACAUUGCAAACUAAAGCUAGAAAGUAGAAACACUUGAACACUGGAAGAGUUGUGUGAUGUAUUGUGUUACAUUAUGAUUCGUUGUAUUGUAUAUGUAGUGUCAUUUGCCUUAAUUGUAUGAGCCUGCAAUCCUUGUGGUUGCAGUUUGCUGCCAUGUUUGUGUUAGUAAGAGAUUUGGUGAUUAAAGCCUAAUAUUCCCCAGGCAAACAUCUUCCCUUGUUCACAACAAUGUGAACAUAAAUCUGUGUGUACAACUGAAAAUUAUCUGUAAAAAAAUAUUUGUUUUGUUUCCUGGAAGCAUUUUUAUCACUAAGUCGGGAAGACUGAUAAAUUUUUUGCUUAUCAGUGUCUUUGCCCAUCUAAAGGGUAGACAUCUUGCCCUUUGCUUGUAACCUCCUUGGUGGUGUCACUUUUUACCCUUUUUUUAUCAACACUGUCAGCUAACUGUAUCUGACCAACUAACUAACAACUAACUAUUGCAUUUUCGUUUGUGCUUAUUUAAUGAAGAUGUCCUGUGGAAAGCUCAGGAAAUGACAUUUCCAAGCCCCUAAAGUUAAAAAUUUUUCCGGAGGAGCAUGCCCAGACCCACCUGAUUUGGAUCACUUCUGAUGGUACAACUUUCCUUCUUAUGUGUACACCGUCAAAAUCUCACCACACCCUAUUUGCAUGCACAUUUCAGCCUCCCCUCCCCUUAAACAAAAUUACUUCUCAUUGGUGAAAUCAGUCUGGUUUUUACAGUUGAGAUAAAAAAUAACAAUUUUUAUUGAUUUUUAUUUUACCAGGUUGGUUUGAUGCUUCAGUGAGUCUGACAGAAGACAUGCAAAACCAACUUCGAGAGGCUUCAGAAAAGGUUACAGAUCAGCUAGAGACAUUGCAGUGGUGUGAUAUUUCCACUUCAUUUCCAUCGGCUGAUGACAUUAGUGAUUAUGUUGCUAGUGAUGAAGAGAGUGAUGUCGAAGAUGACAAAAAAGUUGACGAUAUCUGCUACUUACAGACUCCUACCCAGUCUGACAACAGCAUUUCAAGUAAUGAAGUUGAUUUUGAUGACAUAGAUGCUGAUGAAUUCUGGUUUUCACCCUUAACCCCACAGUUUAUGGGUGCAGAGAUUCCAGAGAGUGCAUUGGCCGAAAACACAAACAGUUUCUGGAGAUCACUAGGACCACCAGGUUUUCAAGAAUUUCCCUGCCAUUCUGAUGUUGAAACUCUGGAAGGUGCUUGGGGUAGGGCUCCACCCUCAGACCAAGAAAACUAUGGCAACAGUCAAUUUCUAGAGGCUUUUGAUGCUGCAGAGAAGUUCAGAUCUGUCCACUCCUCUGAUAGUAGCAGCAACCUUAACCGUCAAACCAGCAAUCAUUCAGACAGUGAAGGAAGUGAUGUGCAAGGUUCUGAGCCUUCUCAACCCAGCACUCUUAAGCAAUUCAAGAAUGAUGUGAUUGUACUGUUGAACUUACUAAUGGAUGAAAAGUUUGCCCAUCCAUAUGGAACUAUAGCUGGCUCAGUGGCAUAAGUUAAAGCUCAAAGAUGUGCUAUUUUGAAACAUGGGUGGCUUUUAGUCUGCAUAAAGGCCCUAAAAUUGCAAUUGUGCUGGUGAUGAUGAGCCGUAAAUCCUCUGUAAAGGAGGCCUUUCUUCUUAUUAGCCUUUUGUGCAACCUUUAUCCUCAUUGAAGGACUCUACUAAUAACAGCUUUGUGUAAGAGUCAUCACAGGUCAAGUAUACCCUCAAAGAUUCCUUUAAUUAAUCAGUUGUUUGAAAAAUUAAACCGCUAUUGAAGACAAAUCUGCAUUCUUACAUGCAUAAUGAGUGGUAAAAUUUUGGCUUCAAGCUUUCCAGUAUUUUGUCAGAUUGAAAAAUCUUUGAAUAGAUAAAAUUACUCUGAAGAUGUUUAUAUCAAAUAGAAAACUGAGCUGGCGCUGAAUAGACAUAACUACCUCAUGUGAAUUCAUUGCUCAUUACGCAUGGAGGAACGCAGAGUUGAAUCUCAAAACUAUAGAAUUAUAACUUAUAAUGGAUUCAACUUGCAAAAAAUAACUUUAUUUAUGGAAUCUUGGCGGUUAUGUUUGACCUGGCUUGACUGAGUGAGGAAUUAGUUUUCCUCGCAUUUGAGGCAGUCAUUCUUUUGUCCAGAACAUAAACCAUAAUACCGUUAUUGCAGUCUUGAUGGUUCAGUUUGAUAGCGUUCAUUACAGUGUAGUUUUAAAUUAUACAAACCCUCAAAUUUCUGGGCUUUGCAACCCACCAAAACAUACUCGUAGACGUAAGAAUCUGUUGAAGGGUGGGGUAGCUGGACCUUAAAAGGGGUCUAGAUGUAUAGUUAAUAGGAUACAUGUGCAAUGUAAGGGUGUAAGAGUUUGUGAUAACCUGCAAAGUUACGAUUAUGCAAAGUUAUUGUUAUAAAUUACAGAAUCACAGAAUAACAAUAUAAAAUUUAUAAGUAUUAUUAUAUCCAUAACACUCUUAAGAGUAUAUUCACAUGAAGAAGUAACACAAAUUGCGUGAAAUAUGUAGAUAUGUGUUCAAUGAAAUGCUUAAAUUGCCUUUUUGUUAUCUGUCGUGCG